AUGAGUAGUGUUUGUGCAGAGCACAAGUUUCAACUUCAACCCUCUCACCAACUUCUCUCCCUCAAGAAAUCCCUGAGGGACAUUGACAUCCCUCCAAGGAAGCUUCUCACCCGCCGCGCCUCCGCCGCUGCCGCCCGUGAUGGCGCCGGCGACUUGUUUUCCGAUGAUACCCUCUUUCAGAAAUACCUUCCCCACAAUGACCAAGUGGAAUCUGAUGAUGACUCCGGCGACCCUUAUGCCUCCGAUGACUUCCGGAUGUUUGAGUUCAAGGUCCGGCGAUGCACUCGCAGCCGGAGCCAUGACUGGACAGACUGUCCUUUUGCACAUCCCGGCGAGAAGGCCCGCCGUCGUGACCCUCGCCGGUUUCACUACUCUGGGACAGUGUGUCCAGAGUAUCGCCGCGCCGGUGGGUGCAGCCGUGGCGAUGCAUGUGAGUUUUCUCACGGUGUUUUUGAGUGCUGGUUGCACCCUUCUAGGUAUAGAACUGAAGCUUGCAAAGAUGGUAAGAAUUGUAAGCGAAAGGUUUGCUUCUUUGCUCACACUCCACGCCAAUUAAGGGUUUUGCCUCUUAAUGAGAACAACAAUAACAAGUGCAACAGUAACAUGAGCAAAAAUAACCAUUGUUGUGUGUUUUGUCAUUGCUGUUCUUCUUCUUCUACUUGUUCACCAACUUCUACUUUGUUUGGCAUGUCCCAUUUUUCUCCUCCUUUGUCACCUUCUUCUUCUUCUUCCCCUUCUUCUUCUUCAAGGUUUGUGGGGUCUGAGAGUAACCAUCCUGGUGUUGUGAGCUAUAAGGAUGUGUUCUCUGAGCUUAUGUGUUCCUUGGAGGGUUUGAAUUUUGGUGAGGCUUCUCCUGUGUCUGCUUCUACACCUCACAAUUUGUCUUGGCUUGAUGUUUCUUUCAACUCUGAGGAUCAGCAACAGUUCAUUCUUUCACCAACCAUCACUUCUUCAAUCUUUUCCAAUAAUGGGAAAUGUUCAAGUGGCAAGUUCUCGAGGGAAGAGAAUAGAGUUGUUGAUGAUGUCAUUGCCCCGGAUCUCGGGUGGGUGAAUGACUUGCUGAUGUAA